AAAACUAAAAAAGAUUGGGAAUUCUUUCCAAUUCAAAUAAGUGCUACUUCAACAGAUUCCAAAACUGGCGAAGAACCGACUCUUACACAAAUUGCUGGUACAGAUGAUUAUUUCAAAGCUAUACCAGAGUUACCACAGUAUGUAACACAUAUCGAGGGAGGACAACCGGUUGUGUUUCAUUUUAUAGAAAAAAAACCGGGAACAGCUAUUCUACCGGUAUACAUUGUGAAGAGGAAUGAGAGUGAAUCGAUGCCAAGAACACUUUUAAAGACUUCCGGAUCAGAACGGAAGGAAUUAGAAAGAUCACUUACAAAAAGUAAUGAAAUACAGACUGCCCGUAGUUUAUCUGCUAAGAAAGAUUCAUCAUCAUCAUCUGUCACCAAAAAGACAUCAUCUAUCAGGAAGACGAUAGCAUUAGAUGAUAAUGCGGGAAAAAAAUCCGAAAAAGCAACAGCUAGUUUAACGAAAUCUGUCGAUGAAGGAGAUAAAACAAUUAGAAAUAAAUCAUCAACAAAAUCGUCAUCACUGCCAUCACUGUCACCAUUGCCAAAAUCAUCACCAACAUCAUCACCAACUCCAAGCGCUGGCUGA